UAAAAUGUUAGUCCAAAUUUAUAUUGUUUGUUUCACCAAAAAAAAUAAAAAAUACGGUCACAAGUAAAAAAUAACUAAUGGAGUAACAUUUUGGUUAAUUUGGUUAGCGGAGGGACCCUGAACUCUAUAUAUACCUUUGAGAUUCCACCAAUUCCACACCACAAUUUGAAAUCUUUCCAAAAAAGAAGCUAAGAUGGCCAUAACUCUCAAGUCUUUAGUAACUCCUUUGCUUUUGUGUGCUUUCUUUAUCCUUAUUCUACAGGUUGCUGCAGAGGAUCCAAUAUCUGAAGCUGAAGAUGAAUCUGCACCAAUCCUUCAAGAAUCGAUUGUCAAAUAUGUCAAUGAGAAUGCAGAAACUGGAUGGGAAGCUGCAUUCAACUCUAAAUUAUCGAAUUUCACGGUUUCCCAAUUUAAGGGCCUUCUUGGAGUUUUGCCUGAAACAGAAGAUGAUUUGGAGGGAAUUCCUAUUCUAACUCAUCCAAAACGUAUGCCAUUGCCAAAAGAGUUUGAUGCGCGAAAGACUUGGCCUCAAUGCAGCACAAUUAGAGAUAUUCGGGAUCAGGGACGUUGCGGUUCUUGUUGGGCUUUUGGUACUGUUGAGGCGCUGUCUGAUCGUUUCUGUAUCCAUUAUAACUUGAAUGUCUCUCUAUCUACACAUAAUGUUUUAGCGUGCUGUGGCUCUUUUUGCGGAAACGGUUGUAAGGGUGGAAAACCUAUAAGAGCAUGGCGAUACUUUCAACGUUGGGGAGUGGUCACAGAAGAGUGUGAUCCUUACUGUGACCAGAUCGGACCUGAAGGUUGCAAGCCUAUAUAUCGCACCCCAAGGUGUAAUAGGAAGUGUGUCGACGAGGACCAGUCAUGGGCGAAAUCAAAGCAUUAUAGUGUCAAUGCAUACAGGAUCAGCCGUAAUACCCACAGUAUCAUGGCAGAAAUUUACAAAAACGGACCAGUUACUGUCUCUUAUACUGUGUUCCAGGAUUUUGCUCACUACAAGUCAGGAGUUUACAGGCAUGUAACAGGGAGAAGAGUGGCAGGCCAUGCCGUUAAGCUUAUCGGAUGGGGAACUAGUGAGCAGGGAGUGAACUACUGGCUCGCUGCUAAUUCUUGGAAUAGAGGCUGGGGUGAUGAUGGAUUCUUCAAGAUCAGAAGAGGAACAAAUGAGUGUGGCAUUGAAAAUAAUAUGGUGGCUGGAUUGCCUUCACGAAGAAAUUUGAAUGUGGAACUUGAUGAUGCUGUACUUGAUGCCUCAAUUUAAAAUGCUACUAUUUCUUCAACAUAAUAGUAGCAAUGUAAUAUGACUUGUGAACUUGCAUGUUUCAUCUUGUCGAUUUAAUCUGUGUAGUUCAUAAUUAAUACCAAUUGUUGGUAGGUCGAGGGUCUUCGGAGACAACUCUCUACCUCCAAAAGGUAGAGAUAAGAUCAACGUACAUUCUAUCCUCCUCAUACCCUUCUUUAUGGGAUUUCGUUGUUGUUGACGUUGUCGUCGUUGUUGUUCCAAUAAUCACUUUUUUUUUUGGUUACGUUAUUA